UUCUACUCCAACUUUUGGACUUUAUAUAUCCCUAUGAUGAAUGUUGCGUUUAGCAUGCGUUAGGCACAAACAUAUACUGCCUUUUCCCGCGUCGUUGUUACGGUACCAGUUAGACCAGCUUCCAGACCGCGUCCGGCCGGCAACAGCCCCACUGACUCGAACGUUAACGAAUUUAAGACUAUGUGUUAUACUCAGUCGCGUUGACGAAUGAUAGACUGGCGAAUACCUCUAGCUGUAUGGUUUGCGCUUGCAGCUACCAGUAUAGCUCCAGCUGCUGCAACAAGCGUCGAGUCCCAACUGCGAAGAAGGCUAAACGGCAACGACGCCAUACGACUAUCACCUGGCAGCAACCAAGGCCGCCUGGAGGUCUUAUACAACGGAACAUGGGGAACAGUUUGUGACGACGGCUUUGAUGACCGUGAUGCUAAUGUGGCAUGCCGACAAUCGGGCUUUGCUGGUGGCCGAGCGCAGUGGGGUGCCUACUUUGGCGCUGGCGAUGGACCCAUCCAUGUCUCGCGGCUGGGCUGCACCGGCACUGAGAGCAGCAUAGCGGCGUGUGCAGCGGCCACCUGGGGACCUACGGACUGCGAGCAUUCGGAUGACGCCUCAGUCAUAUGCUACGAUGAGCAGCCCAUCCGGCUAGCGGGCGGCCCGACCCCCUGGCAGGGCCGCCUGGAGGUCCUGAGCCCGGAGGGCGCCUGGGGCUCUGUGUGCGACCGCGGGUGGCGGCCUGAGAACACGCAGCUGGUGUGCAGGCAGCUCAACCGGACGGAGCGGCUGGAGGCAGCGGCGGUGGUGCGGCCGGACGUGUUCGGACCUCCGGGGGCAGCGCCCGUGAUGCUGGGCGGUAUCAUGUGCAGCGGUCUGGAGCGCUACCUGACCGCAUGUCGCUUCGACGGCUGGGGACUGGUGGGGGACUGCGACCCGCACACGCAGACGGUGGCCAUCGACUGCCUGGGCACCCUAACUCCAUCCACCCCUCCCAACGGAGCCGGCCCCGACGCGCUUCCGCCCCCGUACGACAACUGGGUGUCCCCACCCAGCGACUUCUUCCCCUCGCCGCCGCCUCCGCCCGGCACCCCGCCCCGCACCCCUCCCAGACGUCCCAAACCCCCUCCGCCUCCUCGACCACCCCUCGCACCACAAGACGCCCCGCCUCCAUCUGAGUACGACUUCAGUUCCCCACCGCCGCCGCCGGAUGAGAUCCCGGGAGAUCCUCCAGAGAUUCCGCUCGCACCGCCUCCGUCGCCACCAGUACUGCCCAUCUACCCACCCCCACCUCCCAUGUAUCUUCCUCCCGGCUACUACCACCCGCCACCACCGGGGUACUACCAUACACCACCACCGCCCCCUGGAUACUACAAUCCUGGCUAUUACUCCCCACCACCGACACCCAUGUACCAGCCUCCUGGCUACUACUACUCACCACCACCGCCGUCGCAGCCGCCACCACCUUUCUACAUCGGACCGGGCUAUGGAGACGUGCCUCCGCAGCCACCACUGCCUGCGUAUCCAAUAACUCCACCACCACCUCCCUAUCCGGUAUUUCCGGUUUCGCCGCCUCCCUCGUACGCUCCGCCUGCCUACCCUGCCUACCCGGCAUUCCCAUCGGCACCGUUUGCCCCUGUGGGACAUCCCUCGCCUCCGUUAGUCCCCUCAAGAGGCCGCCCGCCAUUCCGGCGGCCGCCCUCGCCGCCGCCGCUGCAGCCGCCCAGUCCCGUCCCUAAUAAUGAACCCCAACACAAUGAGGAGCCCCUGCCGAGCCCCCAACCCAGCCCUGCCGCUGCCCCCAACCUUCCUCCAACAGCCCCUCCCUUGCCUCCUGUGGAAGGGGCGCUGCCGCCGCCACCGCCGUCGGAGGCAACCCCACCCGGUGCGGCAGCUCCGCCUGAUGACUCCGACAGCAGUAGCGGCAGCCCGCCACCGCCUCCGCACCCACCUCCUAGCGAGCCCGUCCACGAAGGUGCUGUACGGCUGCUUUACGGCGGGCGCUAUGACGGCAUCCUGGAGUUGUUCCUGGGUGGCGAGUGGCGGCUGCCGCUGCUGCCGGCCGCCCUGCAGCCGUUGAGUGGGCCCACCGCGGGAGUGAUCUGCCGCUCGAUGGGGCUGCGGGAAGCAGCCGUACAGCCCGUCGACGCCUACAGCUACGCCUGGCCCACGGGUCUCGCCCCGCUGCUACCGCUGGAGCGCCUGAGCUGCUCCGGCGGGGAGGCCUCCCUGGCUGACUGCCUGCUGCUGCUGCAACCGGCGCUGCCAGCACCGGGAACGUCAGGGGGAGCAGGAGCAGGGGACAGUGGCAGCAGUCAGGAGGGCGCAACGCCGGUGGCCGUGGCAUGCGUGGCGGCGAGUGAGGAUAAGCUGAGGCCUCCGCCACCACCAGCAUCUCCACAGCCGCCCGCAAACCAGGCACCGCUUGACCAGCCACCCGAUGGCAACUCAAACCCGCCCGAGGCCCCCUCCGCUACCGCCCCUCCGCCCACGACCCCUCCUCCUCCGCCUCCACCAGCACCUCCCUCUCCUCCAGGUCCCUCCUCCUCUCCCUUCUCCUCCGACACCUACACCCCCAGCAACCUUACCUACCACCCAGCUGGAACACUGGGCUCAGCUCCCUCCACACCCGUCUCAACCCCCCCUCCCCUCGCACCCCCCUCCUCCUCCUCCUCCUCCUUGCCACCACCUCCUCCUGCCCUUCCGCCCGCCCCACCCGAGACACCCUCCCCCGAGCGGCUCUUCCUGCUGCUACUCUGUCCGGAGCGCUUUCACGUCACCGCACUGCUGGCUGGCAACACCGCUGAUGCCAUGACGCUAGCGCUGGAGUGCAGCAGUGACACUACAUGCAGUCGGGAGCAGCAAGGGGUGCUGCUGCCCCCGCAACAACCGCUGAUGCCACUGCCACCACAACAGCCGGUGACACCGCCCCCACAGCAGCCAUCAGUACCUGUAACGCCACCACCAUCACAGCCAUUGGAACAACCGCAACCGCCACAGCAGCCAUCGGUUCCGCCGCCCGAGUUGCCGCUCGCGCCGCCACCACAGCAACCACUGACCGCGCCGGCGCCGCCAUUGCAGCCACCCCAACAGCCACCCCCAGCCCAGCCGCCGCCACCUGAACAACCACCCAACAGCCCCGGUAAUCCUGCACCCAACUCCGCACCCACUACACCUCCAGUGCCUCGCCGGUACUUGCGGGUGUAUCGCAGAAUGGGAUGUGCAACGCGACGACUGGUGCUUGAGGCCGAGACUACUAGUGGUACUAGUAGUUCAGGCAGCAGCAGCAACAGCGCGAGUGGCAGUGGUCAAAACGCUACCAGUAGCAAUGCCCCUGCCACAAUGAUGGAAAGCGGCGGUACGAGGGACAACCAAACUGCCGCUGAGUCCAUAACCAGCAACAGUUUCGCUUCCGUCUCGGCUAUGCUAGUGAAUCGACUGGGUGAGCCCGCAGCUCCCAGAACUGUGUAUUUGGGUGGGACUGCUGCUGCUGGAGAUGGGGCCAGCAGUGGUGCAGGUAUUAUUGAAGGUACUGGUGCAGGCGGUGAUAGUACGAUAGCGGUACUGCCUCUGCGAUUUGACUGCCCGGAUGGUUUUGACGCGUUGAGAGGGCGGGAAGCGGGGAAUGGGCUACCUACGGAGAUUUCGUUUGAAUGCAAGGCUGCUGCAUCUGUGGUCGGAAAUUGGACACAGCCGGCGUUAGGGGCAUUGGCGGACGCUCGAGGUUCGGCCGUUGGGCCAGCGUCGGCAAAGCGGGUGUUGCUGUGUCCCCCCGGGACGCGGGUAGCCGGGGUCGUGGGAAGGACACGGGAACUCAAGGAGGGGAGUACAAAGGUCAAGGAUGGGCGGUUACCAGCACUGCUGGUCGAGUCGAUUACUCUGUAUUGCGCCUCUUGCGCGUGAACCUGAUCUGACGAAGAAGUGAAGGCUGCAGGCAAUCCUGCGGUCGUCGCCGUGUACAUAGGACGUCUGCAUGCAUGAACUUCGUGCUUCAUAUAUGUGCCCUAAUGCAUAGCAUGAACCGAGGGUCGUGCUGAGCGUAGAACGCAUGUCGUGCCUUUAUCGAGUUGCAUAGACGUAAUAGGCCAACUCUUUGUAGAGCGGACUGAAGUACACGGCACCGACGCAUCGUCCAUGUCGCUUAUUACCCGGGGGUGUGCGAAUGCUUGGGUGCGGAGCGGUUGGCCAUGUUGUACCUAGUAGUCUCCGCGUCGCGUACGAUGGUUAUUAUUUACGAGCUGGCAGGUGUAUACGGGUGCAUAUGCAUUGCUGCUAGCAAGCUUCUGGCGGCCAUCAGCGUCAUUGCGCGGUCUUUCACAAAAUACGCCGGUUUUUAACUCCUUUGUAACCUACCUUUUCCUCAUAAAAGCAACAACAAAUAACACCUUACACCUCCUUGCCUUCUAUGCGCUUGCUUUCAUUUGCUAACAACCGGUGCAACAGCUCACUAGUUACCUCUUGUUCUUGUGCUCCACUAGAUUGCUUGAUGCAUUUAUAGGAAUAGUCUGAUCUUUUUCAGUCACACCGGGCAAGGAAAAUGCUAUAUGGGGCGGCGGUCUGGGACCCUUUGCUGAUCGUUGCGCAAAUUGUCACACUUCAAUGCCUGUUCUACCUCAGCCUCGGCCUAUGGCAGGGGCUAUUUCUUGGGUCCUACGCGGGUAGAUUAUCCAUCCUCCAUUUGUUUAGCUGGCGGAUUUAUGCGGUUGGCUCCUACGCCGGGUGGAUUAGCAUAGUUUCUUUGCUGCUGACGUCAUUGCUGGGCGCCGUCUUCUUGGUUUGGAUAGUCGAACGGGCUAAGAAAUGCCUGGACUUUGCUUCCACGUGUUUCAUCUUCCACUUUUGCUUCUGCUGGUCGUACGAGGGCUUCCCCGCGCGCUUUGAAUGGUGGGCUGCAAACGUGGUCGGGCUCAUCGUGAUGGCCCUCCUCGGGGAGUGGCUGUGCCUGCGGAGGGAGAUGCAGGACAUACCGCUAAAUACGUUGAGAGGGCGAGGAGCUAGCGGCAGUGCGGCCACACCCAGCGGUGGCGGCGCCGGCGCCUCCAGCUCGGGAGGAGCCGGCGGCAGCGGCGGGGAGGCGGUGGGGACCUCCUCCUCCGUGCAGAUGUCUAGCGCUGCUGUCAAGGGUGUCGUGCCCAAGCAGGGGCAGCCGGGCCAGCAGGCCAUUGCGAUCAAUGUAUGAGGGCGGAUGUAUGGUGCAAAAGUCAUAGUGGCGUGUGGCCCUGAUCCGAUAGGGGUUUGGAUAUGUUAAGAGCUGUUGACAGGCGGUGUGUCUGGGCCUUGCUGGGUGCGGUCGCAUGCUGCGGACAUGGCAACGCUUUCAAAGCCUUCUUGUUACUGCGACAGGGGCUGAAGGCCGGAAGCUGAAGGCCGGAGCGGGGGCUCGCUUCCUGUAAGAUAAGGGGCUUGAAGGGUACAGCCAUGUUGUUGCAGCGGACACC